CACAUUAAUUCUCCGACAGACUCCACCUGGGCUCUGAGUCUUUAUCGUUUCUAUUCUUCUCUUCGAAUCAUACAAUAAGAUCAGAAUCUUCAACAAUCAAAUCAUAAACUCCUCCUCGUUCGCUUCAAAUAUCUACUUGACCCGCUCCUCCACGGUAAGAGGGCGGCGACUCGCUCAGCGUCAUGUCGAACCCCGUUCGAAUGCCGCUGAAGCUGAAGCUUUCGACGUCUGGCGCUUCAGGCCAAAGUUCACCUCAGCCUCAGUCAACUACUUCUACCACUGCGCCAAAGAUCAAGCUCAAGUUCGGCAGCUCCAGUGCUCGUCCUUCUAUAUCCAAUGAAGCUGGCGCAGGCAACUCUUCAGCUCUUGCUACUCCUAAGGAUGCUAAGAAGCGCAAGCUCAAAGACUCAGCCGGCCCCGAUGGAUCUGCACUCAGUUCUCGAAAGCGCGCCAAGGGAGCCAACGCGGUAGUCGACGACCAUGACGAGCGUGACGGUAUCGCAACGACAGGCACACCAGCCAAACCAGCAAUCAAGAAGCUCAAACUCAAGAACCGAACACCAGUGACACCGAUAAUCCGUACAAAAUUCAAGGGAAAGCCCCCGCCACGGCCUCUCGGAGUUGGCUACGACUCCGAGUCUUCUGACCGUGAGAUCGACCCGGCCAUUGAAGAACAGUUCAUUCUGCGCAUGGCUCCCGGCGAAGACUGCGAAUACCUACGACGUGCAAUUGAGGAAAAGCGUCUCGGGUUGCCUCUAAAAGACGGCGGCGCAGACGUACGCAUGAAAUUUCUCAACCGCGAGGGCCGACGGGCACUUAUUACCAUACGCGGUCGGCACUACGCUGCAACAAUGGUCGAUUUGCCCUCUAUCACCGAAGGCAUGAAGAGCUGGGACAAGCGUGGGUGGUGGAAAAGUGCAGACAUCUGUCAAAUGUUACUCGUGAUUGGCCGCAUCGAGGACGAAAAAGCCGCCGCUACCGCUCCCUUACCACCCCAGAUCGACCAAAAGACAUGGCAAUACCCUCACGGCCUCACUCCACCCAUGCACUACGUCCGCAAGCGCCGAUUCCGUAAGCGAGUUAGCAACCGCACCAUCGAGGCUGUCGAGGACGAAGUUGAGCGUCUUCUUGCUCUCGACGCGCAAUGCGAGCCCGGCGCAAGCCGGUAUGACGUAGUCGAUCUCGACCGGCUCACACGCGAGCGCAGCACCGAACAAAGCGACCUCGACGCGGACGCGGACGAGGACGAAGAAGGCUAUGAUAUGCUCGGCGAAGCGGGCAUGCAGCAAGACUACGCCGACGAGAACGGUCUCGAAGUCGACGUCGACGCCGAAGGUGAAGAAGAGGGCGGCGAUCUUGAAGCAGAUCUUGAAAUGGCACUCAUGAUGGAAGAAGAACAAGGAGCGGAUGGAACUGCUGCUGCUGGUGCUGGGACAGCAGCUCCCUCUACAGCCACAGCUACGGCCACCGUCCCUGCAGGCACCGUCCCACCGCCCUCUGUCGCGGCUACCCUCGGACCCAGAUCCGAUGCGGACCGCCACCGCCAUCUCACCCUCGACACGACAAGCACAUCUGACAUUGUUGCUGCCGCGGAGGCUGAAGCCGAGGCCGAGGCCGAAGCAGAAGGCGAUGCGGAUGAGGAUGACGAAGAGGAUGAAGAAGAUGACGAGGAUGACGAUAACCAGGGCGACGACAUGGACGAAGACCAGCUCGAACAGCAGCAAGACCUCCUUCGCCAAAGGGAAGAAAUCGCUGAUCUCGAAGCCGCAAUCAAGAAACAGACGGCCGAGCUAGAACGUCUCACCAACCCCAUCUUGAGACAGAAGUUGAGUAAAAAGAUUCAGUCCCUCAAGGGUGAUCUCGAAAUUAAAGUCAAAGCUAUCGGUGGGGGCGAUGACGAUGACGAGUGAGAGUCUUUACCUCUUUUUGUUCUCCCUUCUCUUGGCGCUGGGUUUAUAUCAAUUUCGUCUCCUUUGUUCCGGUCUCAGGUUUAUAUCAUUCGGACCUGGCCUGUUUCUUGUGCUGCAGGCGAAAUAUAUCAAGUGAAAUAGGACAGGUUAUUUCACGGUUCACAGUUCAAGGUUCAAGGUUCAAUCGGGUUACUUGUUCAAUCUCAAGUCCAAAAUCUUUCAGAUGUUUAUGAAUAUGGACAUGUCAUUUUCUGGAGUUUAGGUAGUGGGCCUCGUACACACAAAUAACGGACAAUCUAUCACUUGCAAUGCAUUUAUUUCACCCUCUUUGCACUUCACCCACAUACAAAUUAUGGUAUGAUGUUACAUGUAUCCACUACUCAGGUGCAAUUUAUUUAAAGACCUUUCUUUUAUUUCAAGUUCCGCUAUGAGGCGCUAUGAGGCGCUAUGAACAUGAGAAUUCAGCAG